UCGAGGGCACACUUGAGCUUUCACGGAUUAACAUGGUAAAGAAUAAGCCUCAAUCACCCCAGAUACAGAAAAGCAGGGAGUCCAGUUAUGUCAAAGGCGGGCAGGACAGUACCCAGAACAGCCGACCAAUCAGCCAAGAGCGCCAGAAGAGAAGUAACAACGGAAGUAGGCGAAAUAGUGUGUUUGCUAUGUUACCGAAAACCCCGCCAGGUACCAGAAGGUUUUCAGUUACGCCAGACAAAGAAAACAUUGAUGCAACAAAUGGAGAAGAAAGGGGUGCAGAUGUGGCAUCAAAGGCCUCUGCAAAAGUAAGCAAGUUUCUCGACUACUACAACGAAGCUCUGCGCAGACGGCUAGAGAGAGAGCUUCUUAAACCAGCACCAGUCCCUAAAGUUGCUGAGAAGGAAGAGUCUGACCGUGAUACUGACGAUAAUAACUCUGAUGGUGAGAACAAAGCGAAACCGUCUGUGAACUGGCAGAAGGCGAUGAAAAAAACCACAAUGAUAAGCAAGAUCGCCGACGCCGGCCAGAUACAACUGUCGAAAAAAGUUUCGCUCGGAUCUCACGCACUUACUCAAAUAAACAAGAAGAAGGCUGUUAAGCAGGUACAGAUGCUACUAAGAAGGCUUGAAGUCAGAAAGAAAUUUAGAAAGAAGACAAGGAUUAUAAUUUUCUGCAUCAGAUGCGUCAGAGAUCACAGUUUCAAAUUUCGUGAACGGAGUGAGCUCACCCCUUACAUGAACACAUUAAAUUAUAUUGACUACAAGAACGACCAAGUCAAAGAUUUAAUGUUUGACAGAUCACAAUUCAGUGCAAAUAAACAGAUGCGCAUAUCUGAAGAAACCAAACGCAUCCUGUGCAAAAGAAAAUCACUGAGGACAGAAAACGAAGUGUAUUCGGCUCUGAUAGCUUUAAGAAACAUCCGAAGUUUUGCUGAACUACCAGUUAGAAUGCAGCAAAUGAUAGCCGCGGCGGGUCAAUACGAAUCGUACGAAGGGAAACGCGUCAUCACCAGGGAAGGUCAUCCGUCAUCUGCAUUCUACUUUAUACUAUCAGGAGCUGCUGUUGCCAUGAAAAUGGACCCAGAAAGACCAAUAGCAAGUGCUGUAAAGGAAUUUAGCAAGGGAGAUAAUUUUGAGGAAAACGCAAUGUUGAAUGAUACAGUAAGGGAGGUAACUGUGUUAACAAAGGAGUCAUGCGAAUUCCUGAGCAUUUCAGCAUCUGACUACAAGAAUAUCUUCAUGCAAGGUGGUGUUAAAAAUCUAAACGAUCCAGAUCAAGAACUGUUUUUAAAGAGUCUGCAUUUCUUAGACGGUUGGCCAAUCAAAAUCCUUCUGGAUCAUCCGAAGGAAUGUCGUUUUUAUUAUUUCAAGCGUGGCGUUGUCUUCGCGGAGGAUUCCAGGAAGUCACCUUGGUUGAUCGUUGUCAAAUCUGGGAGUCUGUCUGUGAUGAAGAAAUUGAAAAAAGUGGGACCAUUUGAGUGGCGAAAAAACAGUGGAAUUAAACCAUUGACCGAAAAGGAGUCGAGGGAACGCCUACAUGAGCGCAGACAGUGGCGAAGAUAUGUUCUACCAGAACUACGUAUAAAUCUACAGCAACAAAACGAAUUCGAAGAAAUUGAAGAACGAGUGGACGGCAAGCCAAAACCUUUCCAACAUCCUGAUAUCAAGGUGCACAUGGAAGGCUCUGGAUCCGACGACGGAAAGGGCAAGAAGUAUUACUAUCCGAACCUUUGGAGUUAUAGUAGCUCUAAUGAGGAGGAAAAGGGCGACACUUUCUCUAACAUCAACAAGCAAUUUCUGUACACCAUAUCUAGCCAUACUGCGAGAGGUGGAAAGAGAAAGGCUGGAUCAGUUGUUGUCAACCCCCCUCAAACCGCUCCAGAACUCCAACAUACACGCCCUCUGUCGGAGACACGAUCUGUGCAGUCCCCUGUGCAGUCUGAGACAUCGGACAUAUCUCUAAGAUCAAUCCUCAUGUCACCAAAUGAUACUGAAGAUUCGGCAAGAACACCAACUAGUGUAUUUGACGAACGCAUUAAGACAAUAGCAGCUGGUGUACAUAACGGAGGAGUACCGCUGUCAGAGAUUGACAUAAAUCCCCAAUUUGUACAUAUUCGGACACUUAUCAAAGGUGACGUGUGGGGGCUCGCUGAUUUGAUGUUAGAUGAUCAGCCAAGUUUUAUUAUUGUUAGUAAUGGUGCCGACUGUGUUCUCAUCAGCAAAUCCUUCUAUCAGCAACACUGCUCCGAGAAGCUACAACGAAAACUCAAGCAUGAUAUUUGCCCAUAUCCUUCAGACGAACAUCUUCAAGAUAGUCUCCAGCUGAGCGUGGAUUGGAACGAGCAUAGAAGGUGUGAGCUGUCAGACACCGUGAAGAAAGUGCGGGAACUUAGCAUUAUUAGGGACACGACUUUUCCAAACAAAAUACUUGAACCUGUAAAAUAAGUUAUUAAUGUAUCAAAAGUAAAGGGCGUUUUAGAACAGUGCGAUAAGAAACAAAGAACGGACGCGUUACUAAAAUACCGCUUCUGGUUUUUAACGAUAAACAUUUAUGAAACCUUACAUGUUCAUAUUUCAUUGAACUUUUUGUUGACAUUAUGUCAAAAAGAGAAAAAAUGUGAAGCUGUUUGCGGCAUGUGACCUUCUUCGAAACAAAGGUAUAAUUUACCAUGGUAUCCUUGUAAUGUAUAAAAAAUGUGUUUGCAUAAAG